AUGUCCAGUGUUGGUGAUGCUACCACCAUCGUGGAAGGCCCUGCCUCCCGCUCCCCUCACAGCCACCCCCGCAACGGCAAGGCCAAGGGCGCCGACGAAUUCCUCAAGGUCCCCCAGGCGAGCCACCUCCCGUCGGUGAACUUCGCGACCAACGUGGACUACAUGGAAGAGGAGCGGCCCUUUUUCGUCAAGAUCGGCAAGGACGGCCUCAUCGGCGCGCUCCAGAAGCUCGACCGCCAGCUGCGCAACGAGAGCCGCGUGCACGUUCUGUCGAGGAAGCGGCCGACGGACUGGAUCGGGAAGGAAGUGACCCCUGGCCAGAUCGGCCUCAUCAACCACGGUGGCUUGCCCAAGGUCAUCACGCAGGCGGGGCGCUACCCCGGCUUCCCCCUCCGAAACUGGUGGGCUCGCUCAUGGUGCGGGACGUGUGGAUCUUCGGACUCGGUUAUCGAGUUCAACGGUCUCACCGUCGUCCAAGUGUCCCAGAACCAGGCCGCCGUCGUCUCUGACCCGCAGAACCAUGUGUUCGUGAUUAAGAACUCCGGGUUCGUCGCGUACGCGAUCGAGGGCACGUACAACGUGCUCUCCAUCGUCGACCAGACGCACCUGCCGACGAUGAUCAAGGACCCGAUCACGAAGGUCGUGCUUGGAUGGAGCCACGAAGUAAGGAUGAAGAGCAAGACCGGCAAGGGCAGGACGGACGAAUAUGUCGUUGCGCUCUUCUUGAACAUCCCCGCGAACAACUGCGCGAUCUUGCAGCAGGGUGACGACCUCGAGCUUUUGUCGGCAGGGCAGCACUUCAUCACGUCGCCGAACGUGACCCUCCGCGGCCUCUUCACCCUAGGAGAGAACCAGAUCGAGAUGCCCACGAAAGACAUCUUCACUCGCGAUCAAGUGCCCGUCAGCUUGACCAUCUACCUCAAGUGGCAACUGACCGAGCCGCUCAAGCUCACCACGCACGGCUACAACACCCCCUACGACGCCCUCCGGGACAAGACGCAGUCGAUCCUGACCCAGAUCGUCGCACACCUCGACUACAGCUCGAUGGUCAAGCAGCGCUCGCUCGGCCCGGACAACUUGGACGACGGCAGCGACGCGUCCUCGGCGUUCCUCGACGCGCUCCGCACGCGCGCGAUGGACGACCUGCACAUGGCCGCGCUCGAGUACGGGAUCGUCAUGAAGGACCUCGCGGUGAUCGACCGGCAGUUCAAGGGCGACAUCGCCCAGACGAUGGACAAGCUCACGACGCGCGCGCUGCAGGCGCAGGUCGAGGCCGCGAACGUCGACCGCGAGAACAGCAACAAGAUCAAGCAGGAGGAGGGCGCGCUCGCCGUCGCGCGCAUCAAGGCGCAGUCGCAGAACACGUCGGCGGACGCGCAGGCGUACUCGGUCGUCGCCGCCGCCGAGGCCGCGGCGAAGCGCACGCAGAUCGAGGCCGAGGCGCAGGCGAAGGCGACGCGGCUCGCGGCGGAGGCGGAGGCGGAGGCGGUGCGCAUGCGCGCGGCGGCGGACGCGGCGAUCGCGGACGCGUACGCGCGCGAGAUGCAGGUGCGCCGGACGGAGGUCGCGCGCGUCGCCGCGUUCGGGAACCGCGCCGUCUUCGUCCCCACGGACGGGCUGCAGGGCGUCGGGGGCGCGCUCGUCACGGGCAUGGCGGCGGGGAUGGGCGCGGCGGAGGGGAGGAGGUGA